AUGGCUGACAGCUCGGGCGGGUCGGCGGGCUACGAGUGCCACAAAAAGGAGAUGCUGGGUUUGAAGCGGUCGCUGGCCGAGAUGAUCAAUGAGCACAUCCGCUCUCGCGACGGGGAACAGGACGAACGGCAAGAGCAGCAGGAUGAGCGGGAAGAGCGGCUGAACACCUGGGAAGAGACGCUCAACGCUCGGCAGGAAGACUUGGAACGACGUGAGAAUGCCGUCAAGGAGGCAGAGAAUGCAGAUGAGCCUCCCCCGCCGCCGAAGCCUCAGUGGACGCGAGUGAAGGCAGGAUGGCGAGAGGUGUGUUCGACCUGCAAAGUCAAUUUUUGCAGUCGCCCCGGCGACUGCAGUGAACACACUGAUAAUCACCACAAUUGUGCCCGCUGCCACAGAGAUUGGGCCCAGUACGGAUUUAAAGGAAAGCAGUGGAUGAAGGCAGAGAAUAAAGGCGGCAAGGGGAAGAAGCCCUGA